GAAGUCGAUAUUUCAAAAACAGUGGUAAAUGGACUAACCUCAACCAGUAAUGGUCAAGAAAAAGAUAUGGAUCCCACAAAAAUUUGCACUGGAAAAGGAAUGGUGACCCUCCGGGCAUCUUCUACACACAGGGAAUCUCCGAGUGCCAGCCCUGUGAGCCCCCAGGAGACCGUGCUCUCAGAAAGUAAACCAGGUCUGGAGCCAGAAAAUUUCCCCACAGAUGAGUGGAGACUGUCCGCUAAUGCGGAUACAAACGGGAAUGCCCAGCCCUCUUCCUUGGCUGCCAAGGGUUACCGAAGUGUGCACCCUAAUCUUCCUUCUGACAAGUCACAGGGUGCAGAUUCUCUGGUAAAUGAAGUUUCUUCAUCCCGCAUUGGGACUGAUUCCCAGAUUUUUCCACCAGUCAGCAAGCCUUCAUCUGCUUAUCCUUCCACUACCAUUGUUAACCCCACUAUUGUGCUUCUGCAACACAAUCGAGAACAACAAAAGCGACUUAAUAAUCUAACAGAUCCUGUUCCAGAGAGAAGGAAUGAAGAGAAAGUAGACUCAGCACCAACGUGGGAGAAAGUUGUUCAGCCUAACACAAGACCAGAUAAAGUAAUAAAGGAUGAAAGUAGAAGACUGGUUAAGAGCCCUCAGUGUCUAAGUGAUGGUUCCAUGGAUGAAGUGGGCAUUCCACUAAGGAACACUGAGCGAUCCAAAGACUGGUAUAAGACAAUGUUUAAACAGAUCCACAAACUAAACCGAGACACUCCUGAAGAAAACCCUUAUUUCCCCACCUACAAAUUCCCUGAACUUCCUGAAAUCCAGCAAAAACCUGAAGAAGACAAUCCUUACUCUCCUACCUACCAGUUUCCUGCAUCUACUCCUAGUCCUAAAUCAGAAGAUGAUGAUUCAGAGCUCUACUCCCCUCGAUAUUCAUAUUCUGAAGACACAAGAAUACCCUUUUCAGUGCCUCGUUCAAAAAGUGAGAUGGAAUACAUUGAAGCAGAGAAGGUGGUCAAGAGGUCUGCCACGCUGCCCCUGCCUUCCCGCUCUACAUCUUUGAAAUCAAGCCCAGAAAGAAAUGACUGGGAGCCCCCAGAUAAGAAAGUGGACACUAGAAAAUACCGUGCAGAACCCAAAAGCAUUUAUGAAUAUCAGCCUGGCAAGUCCUCAAUUCUGACAAAUGAAAAGAUGACUCGGGAUAUAAGCCCAGAAGAGAUAGAUUUAAAGAAUGAACCUUGGUAUAAAUUCUUUUCGGAAUUGGAGUUUGGGAGACCGCCUCCAAAAAAGAUAUGGGAUUAUACUCCUGGAGACUGCUCUAUCCUUCCUAGAGAGGAUAGAAAGACUACAAGAGCCAGCCCCACUCCAGAAACCACUGCUGAGCGUUCUGCCUACACAUAUUCACCUAACAUCCAUGCAGUGAAGAGAGAGUCAGAGAUGGCUCCAGGGGAUUCCACUGGUUUGGAGAAUGAAAGACAGAUUUACAAAAGUGUUUUGGAAGGUGGAGACAUUCCUCUCCAGGGACUAAGUGGUCUCAAGAGGCCCUCUAGCACUGCUUCCACUAAAGUGGAUCGUAAAGGUGGGAAUGCUCAUAUGAUUUCCUCUUCUUCAGUUAAUAGUCGAACCUUUCAUGCUAGUGAUGUGGUAGGGCCUAUGUGUAAACAUAAGAAGCCCCUAUCAGCAGCAAAAGCCUGCAUUUCUGAGAUCCUUCCUUCCAAAUUCAAACCCAGGCUGUCAGCUCCGAGUGCUCUCUUGCAAGAAAAGAAGAGUAUCCUGUUGCCCCCUGAGAAGGCUCAAAGCUAUGAAAAUCUUUGUAGCUCCCCUGCUUUAGAUGAGUCCAAAAGGACACUCCCUUUGCAAGGAGGAGGAAGCAUUGAAAAUCUUCUCAUGCGGGUGAGAAGAGAAUAUGGCACCAACUCCAGCAGCACUCAGAGCCUUCAAGAUUAUGGAACCAGUGCCAGGAAGUACUGCCCCCUCUCCAGGAAGGUGGGGAGCGAAUUCACAAUGCUUUACAAAAAUAUGCAUCAUAUCAAUCGAACUGGGCUUCACCUGGGCUCUAUCUCCUCCUCCAGUGUCCGGGACCUGGCAUCCCAUUUUGAAUCCAGCAGCCUGGCAGAGGCCAGGGGAGAGCUGAAUCUCAGCCAGGAGAGCUCUGAGCACAUUCCAAAACACACAGUCUCUUCUCGGGUCACAGCGUUUGAGCAGCUGAUCCAGCGGUCCCGUUCCAUGCCGUCCCUGGACUUAUCAGGCCGACUGAGCAAGUCUCCUGUUCCGCUGCUGUCCCGCAGCGGUCUGAGUGCAGCACGUUCUGCUGAAUCUCUCCUGGAAUCUCCCAAACUCCAUCACAGGGAGAAGGAAAUCACGGACCCCACAGGGGCCUACACUUCAUCCUCCUGUAGCAAUAUGGAAGAGCCAGCUUUAAAUUUUAGGACCCUUCUACCCACCGACCCAGCCUCAGCCUGCUUGGAUGAGCUCGACCAUCUUUCCACUGUCUCCAAUGACAGUCGAGAAGGUAGUGCCAGCAGUGUGCACAGUGAUUCCCAUAAGCAUCGGCUCAACAAGUGCAAGGGCAGCUGUCCAGCCUCCUAUACACGCUUCACCACCAUCCGAAAGCACGAGCAACAACAGUCCUCCAGGAACCCUGGAUGGAGAAUGGAUGUAGGAGGGGACAAGAACUUUGUCCUUAGAAACAUCUACCUCAUGGGACCCCUGCCUUUCAGGUUGAAAAAGCCCCUCCAGUACCAUCCCCGAAAACCUCCACACAGUGACUCCUCUAGCCCUCCUGUGGGACAGAGAGCAGAAUCCCAAAUGCAUCCCCUUGGUGAUGAUGAACUCUGCCCCGAAGGGAAGCCCUCUGUUCCCAAGCGCCAGUCAUCACUCCAUGUCCUGGAAAGGCUUAACCAGGUCUCAGAACCCUCUCCAAAAAGAGCUGUGAUACCAGAAGACUAUCUGGGUACCCUUAAACCCAGCAGCUCAGGCCCAUGUUUAGGACCCAGCUUGGAUAGGAACAACAACCCGCAAAAUGACCUUGGAACACCCCCCCGAGGUGAUUCAGAGUCUCCUCGGCACUUCACACCAGCUGAAUACUUGGAAACUACUGAAGAUUUUAUUCGAAGGCGUCAUGAUGACAAAGAGAAACUUUUAGCGGACCAGAGACGACUUAAGCGUGAACAAGAAGAAGCUGAUAUUGCAGCUAGACGGCACACGGGUGUUAUUCCAACCCACCAUCAGUUUAUCACUAAUGAGCGGUUUGGGGACCUCCUAAAUGUAGACGAUACAGCAAAGAGGAAAUCUGGGUUAGAGAUGAGACCUGCCAGAGCCAAAUUUGACUUUAAAGCUCAGACGUUAAAAGAGCUUCCUCUGCAGAAAGGAGAUAUUGUUUACAUUUAUAAGCAGAUUGAUCAGAACUGGUAUGAAGGAGAACACCAUGGCCGAGUGGGGAUCUUUCCACGAACGUACAUAGAGCUUCUUCCACCAGCAGAGAAAGCACAACCCAAAAAGAUGGUACCAAUACAAGUUUUAGAAUAUGGAGAUGCCGUGGCUAAGUUUAACUUCAAUGGAGACACCCAGGUGGAGAUGUCCUUCAGAAAGGGGGAGAGGAUCACGUUAAUUAGACAGGUGGAUGAGAACUGGUAUGAAGGAAGAAUCUGUGGUACCACUCGACAAGGCAUCUUUCCCGUUACGUAUGUGGAUGUGAUCAAGCGACCUCUGUUGAAAAACCCAGUUGAUUACAUCGAUCUGCCAUUCUCUUCUCCAAAUCGAAGCACAACAGCUUCUCCCCAGUUUCCCAAUCAUGGCAAGCACCACUCCCCAGCACCCCAAUCUCUGCCUUGUUCACGUCAGGUAUUAUCUCCUGAGAUGCAUGCCAUCACCUCUGAGUGGAUCUCCCUGACUGUAGGGGUUCCAGGCAGAAGCACUCCAGCUGUGACCCCACCAUUGCCCCCUUUGCCAGAGACCUCUCUUUAUAACCCUGAAUACUUUACUUCCUCAGCUCUGGCCAGUCCUACCCUUUCAGUAAGCCUUCCCCAUUCUAGCAUCUCAGAUCUCUCUAGCCCAAGCCUUUUGGUUUCUCCAUUCCCCCCUAACCCUCAGAGACCAUCUUCCACCAUUCACAAUGUCAGUGCUGUCCUUCAGUCUAUUGAAGAGAAUACAAUGUCUUCACCAUCCUCCGCUGUUAAAUGGGACACCUCUCAGCCACUCCUUGGGAACUCCAAUAGUGUUAUCUCUGAGCUUAGUGAUGCCAUUAGCAAUCAAGCCAAGUUCCAGCAGUGGCAAGAAGAAAACAGACAGUGUUCAAAGAAGUCUAAUAAAGAGGCAGGUGAGCACUGUCCUGAUGGACCCAAGAUCUCUAAGAAGAGCUGCUUGAAACCAUCAGACCUGGUCAAAUGUAUGAGCACAGAACAGAGACUUUGUGAUAAUACCCUUGGGGGAAGCCAAUCCUGCCAACAUCUUCUCAGCCCUAUUCACAGAAAUGAGGCUGAACAAAGAGAUACCAGUGCAGGGGUCAAGCACGCUGACCUGAAAGUGAAUCAGAAUGGUGUAAGACAGGAAGCAGUUUGCAAUGAGAUCAUAAACAUUGCCGAAAAGUCUGUUCAUUACUGCAGUACUGUUUCUCAUCCUCUUGACUUUCGUCACAAGGUGUCUCCUACUGACAAUAAAUCAUCUCUCAUCAUUUCUCAGCAACCUCAAGCCCAGCAGCGAAGAACCACCUCUGACAGAAGUCAGAACCUACAGGAUUUAUAUAGCUACCAAGCAUUAUAUAGCUAUAAACCACAGAAUGAUGAUGAGUUGGAACUCCGAGAUGGAGAUAUUGUGGAUGUCUUAGAAAAAUGUGAUGAUGGUUGGUUUGUUGGUACUUCCAGAAGAACAAGACAGUUUGGUACUUUUCCGGGCAACUAUGUAAAACCUUUGUAUUUAUAAGAAGCCUGAGAACCUAUGAUUGUUUUUUUUUAUUGGUGGAUGAAACACAAAACACAAAGCAAUCUCUUUAUCUCAGUGUUGAAUCAAUAAGUUGGUUAGUGCAAGGAUGAAGUAAGAAGUUUUAAGAGGGAUUUGAGGAAGUGUUGGGUUGAAAGUGCAAGCCUCCUAGGGCCGUGUGCAGGGCUUGACUCAAAAUGGGAUUUAAAAAAAUGUUUCUUGAAUGAAUGAAUGAAUGAAUGAAUGAAUGAAUGAAUGAAUGUAUGUAUGUACGAAAGAACUAGGGUCCAGUUGUUUGCUGGGCAACAAGAAGUAAGCCAGACUUCUAGUUUACAUAGCUGCCUUUAUAAGCCCCACCAGUCCUUCCUCUCACCCUUCUUUGGUGAGCUGACAUGGAACUGAAUGAAAGAAGCAAGUAAUACCCCUCACCCUGCAUUUGGAGGCCAAUUCAAUUCUAGCCCAGUCCUAGGAGUGUUGAUCUAACUGGUGUGAACUAAGGGCUCAUUUUAGUCUGAAGCAACCCAAAGAGGAUCCAAGAACGUCAGAUCUGGUCUAGUCCUACCUUAAAGUUUGAGGGUCUGAUCCUUAUUGGGUUUGGGAAACUAGUUUGAUCAGAAACUGCUAAGCUUCCUCCAACCCAUGUCUCUCUAAUCUGCCUCAGAAAGGGUCUAGAAUAUCAGGGGUCAAUUUGAACACCCUCAAACUCGCCAGACCUCAGCUUUCCAAGGCUAUUCUGGACUGUGGUGGCACUCAGACUUGUCCCAACUUGGACCCAUGCUCUUGAGACUUUAGUGGGAAGGAUAGGGGUAAUGGAAACAAGAUACCAUUCAAUGUGGGACUGUAUGAUGUGGGACUACACUCUUUCACCCCCAUCUCCACCACAUAUCCAAGUGUUUUGACAAUAAAGCAUGUAUACACUUACUUGUGAGCGAGGAAGUAGGUCAGAGGAACAAGUUGGAUUUGCAUCUGAUUAAAGUAAAGUAGAUCUAUAGCUUAUUGGGGUAACAUACAACCAGUCAUUAUCCAUAUAUAUAUGCAUAUAUACAUAUAUAUAUAUAUACACACACACACGUAUAUUUCCUUGGAAUUUUUACUAAGUUACCUUCAGAGAGACCAAGGUUAAAUUUGUUUGAUGACCGUCAUUAAGGUUUCCUGGUAUAUCAUAUAUAUCAUACAUGAAACAGAGAGCACAGGACUAUAAGGAUGUUUCUUACAGAAAACAAAGAAUUGGAUUCAAUAGAAAAUUUCAAAGUCAUAUUAAUCUCAGUGAAUCAAUUGAAAAUCACAUUGAUUUGAUCUAUCCAUGGAGCGGAGAGGGUAAUUGCUUGAACUUGUAUUCUCUUGUCUGCAUUUUAUUCCACCAUUGGAAGACCAGAGUUCUGAGUUCCUUGUUCCUUUGAGAGAAUGGGAGUUCAUCUCUCAGAGCCAGAAUCAGAGAGCCAUCAAAUCGCUUCACUUGCACCAGGCAGACAAUGGCUGUGGAUAUCUAAAUGAGAGCUAGCAGAACCAUAUAUAUGAAAGGAGUUCACUGCUGGGAAGGUAGAGUAACAUCUCCUUGAGUUCAUCUAUCAUGGCUUCCAGCAGUGGAUGUAAACAUAGUAAACCAGUUCUCUGGAUGGGUAGAAUCACUUCAUCAUUACAUUAGCUCUUUGGGUACAGAGCUGCUGCUCCAUCUUUUAUUUUACCCUGAUUCCCCAUAUAGAACAUGUCCUGGGCAAAAUUGGGAAGGGGUUUAAAACACCCUAUUCUGUACCUCUGUGGCAUCUUCUCACCUCCUCUAUCUUCGACCUUAUCAAAACCUAUUCUCAGGAAAGAAUCUGAUAAACUCAUUUAUAGUGACAUAUAAAUAUGAUUAGUAAGAUUUAAUCUGUUGCCCCUUCCAGGGAAAUUUGCACUUUAACAAGGCAUAAAGCCUUAAUCAAAGAAAUAAAGCUCUAGUGAGGAAAUUUCAGAACUGGUAGGGGAGAAACCAUUGGGCAAGAGGAACCCUUUUGAUGCCUCAGAAAUCAAACUACCUGGGUAACCAUUGCCACCAGAUUGUAAUACCCUUUUUUUUUUCGACUCUCUCUGUAGGCAAUUUAGUAAAAUCAUGUGUGUGUACAUGUGUGCAGGCACCCGCAUGUCCAUUCAUUUCAGCACUAUGGCAUUAUGAUUCACUUUGAAGUGGAACUCUUGCAUUGGAUAACUAUUUUUCUGGUCUGUUUUAGCUGCAGACUGUUAUUGAUAAAAUAUUAGACCAUAGCUUUUCAGGGGGUGUUUCUCCAUUAGAUGGCUAACUUCUAACACCUCUAAAAUACAGCUAGAGAAUCAGACCAAUUUGUAAAACUACAUUUUACACAUAAUGCCGCUGACAUAAAUUUAUACAUCUCCAGAGCCCCCUGUUUGUCAACCAUAUUUUCUCAUAUGUUUAAGAAGGAAAAAAAACCCUUAACAUUUGCAUUGAAUUUCCCCUUCCUACAUAUCACAGAACAAGUAGCCAAGAUUUCUAGUGGCUAUUUUGUCUUGAGACAUUUAGGACUAUAAAAUACUUAUUUUUAUGCUUACAAUGUUUAUACAGGUUUAUUAACAGCAAGUACAACUAACUGAUAGCAUGACUUGCAAUACAUUUUGAUAUCUUCACCAUGCUGCGGGGUCUAAAAACAACAUCAACUGAAAAAACACUUAUCUUUUGCAGUCUCUGGGAUCAGUAAAAAAGAAGAAAUCACAUCUUUGAGAAGUGGGACUGUACAUAUGUAUAUUUGUAUAGACCAUGUACUUACCUUGUAUAGAAAAAAAUAAUUUUAACAAUUUGAAUGAAAGGAAGACAGUAAGGAAGUCAUGAAGGGAUUUUUUUUUGCAUUUUUAUUUAAAUGAAGGAAUUCCAAGUUAACCCCCAUGGAUUUUUUUUCUUUUUAGCACAAAAAGACACUUGUAAAAUGUCACAGCUUUUAAAUCAUCAUCAUUGGGGGGAAGGGCAAUAACUCUGAUCCUCAUUUAUGAAUUUUGAAAAUUUUUCCUUUGCAGUCUUGUUUCCCUGCAGUAAUAUUUAGUCCUGUUGCUAGAAUAGGUUAAUAUGCAAAUUAUAUUCUGAAAGAAAAAAUAACUGACUUUCUAUGUAACCAGUUAAUUUAAAGGAUUGCCAUUGAGACAACACAGAGAGAGCAUGUACUAUACAGACACAGAUCUUGUGUUCAUUUAUUUUUCUUUAUUGCAGUGGAUUAUGGUUUAUUUGAUAAUAAAUAGAUGUGUUGAAUUACUGCUACAUUUCCUGUACAGAUUAUUUAAUAAACCUUAUUCCAAGUUGCA